GGUUCUGACAGCAGCGGUAGGUGGACAGUUCGACCCCUGAGGAUUAAGCUCACUCUCUUUGUGUUUUCUCACCCCCCCCUCCCCGCAGUGAACGAUUUCACCGUCAUCCGGAAGAAGUUCAAGUGUCCGUACUGCAGCUUCUCUGCCAUGCACCAGUGCAUCCUGAAGAGCACAUGCGCUCCCACACCGGCGAGAGGCCGUACCCCUGCGAGAUCUGUGGCAAGAAGUUCACCCGCCGCGAGCACAUGAAGAGGCAUACGCUGGUGCACAGUAAGGACAAGAAGUACGUGUGCAAGGUGUGCAGCCGCGUGUUCAUGUCGGCCGCCAGUGUUGGCAUCAAGCACGGCUCCCGUCGCCACGGCGUCUGCGCAGGACUGCUCCGGGCGGGGCAUGGCCGCCCUGCUGGACCAGAGCGGCGACGGGGGCGAGGAGGGUUCCCCCGAGGAGGACCUGUACCCAGGAGAUCACCGCUUUCCGGACGACCCCACCGACGGCGACGAGGAGAUGCUGGCCGACGGGGAGAUGAUGGGGGACGUGGACGGGGACGAGGAUGGCAGCAAGUGGAAGAACCACUCAGGAAUGUCUCACCGGACGCCAUGUUAGACAAUGACAAGGAGGAGAGCGAUCGGCACAGGAAGGGGAGAACCACGCUGGUAGUGACAAAGAUUUCACCGGGAUCUCUUAGUCCAGCUCUUAUUUUUGGGUGGAAUCUCAAAUUCGUAUGAUAAGAGCCCCAGGGCUGAGGAGAAGACCCCACAACGUUAGAGACCACGCCAGGUGCGACAUCUCAUCUGCGUCGGUGGAGAUGCUGGCUACUUUCAGUUCGUUCGUUUCUGUUGUUUUUUUUCCGAAGAAGUGUUCCGUGGAGAGUCAGAUAGGUGAUGCUGAGCGUCGCUCCGGCAUUUCGCGUCGCGCCGGCCCCGGAGGCUUUUCACGUGUCUUCUGUGAACGCGGGGCUUCGCCGUCGCCGGUCGCGGAGAGAUGACGCUUUUACUUUUUAAAACGAGAAGCGCGCAGCCCGGCGGCCGUGCAGUAAGCCGUCCCCCGAUACGAGGGUGUGUUUGUAUUGCAAAACUGUAGGUGUCUGGUAAUUUUCAGCGGUUUUACGCACGUUGUCUUGCUGAAAACUGCCCCAGAUUUGCACUUUAACGUCAAACAGAUUCCUAUCAGUUCCUAGAUUCCGUGGUUUACAUUUUAUUUUAAUUACACUGAGGACUAGGUUACCACGCCAACCUUAAGGAUAUAUGUCCUAAUGACUGUUAUCUAUAUUUCUGCAGAUUUGCCUUUUUAAACGUUUUUUUCCUCUGCCAGAAUCUGCCAGAUUUCGCGGUUCUAUUAAUUGCUAUUAAGGAACGUGGAAAAAUACAUUUGUAAAUACAAAUAUUAUGCAGUGAAGAUCAGCGGUGACAGACAUGAGGAGUUUUUUUUUUGCUCCUAAGCUGGUAUGAUGUGUACCAGGGGAAAAGAGAGGGAAAUGUGAGAGAGACAGAAAGAGAGAUGGGGAGAUCUGAGAGCAGUAAUACCCAUGCACUCCUUCGUUCUGUGGCAAUUGGUCAUUAGAUGGAAGAUGAUGGCUGCUCUUAAUCUGUUUGUUUUGUUUUCCAGACGGACCACAGUCUCCAUCCCGGUGAAGGGGGAGGGUAAGGGAAUACUAAAUUUGCCUUUAACCUCUCACACUCCACCCUUUUUUUUAACGUGGGAGGGUGGGGAGGGGGGACGGAGGAGUGGAGGGUCCAGAUCAGCUGCGGUCCCCCCAGAGAUCGCUGGCUCACAGAAAUGUGGGCGCCAGUCCCGUUUUCUGUAGAGACUCGUUUAAUUAUCUAAUAUUCUUCCUGUCUCUCUCCCCGGUUCACUCUUCUGGGGGUGUUUCGGUGUUCCUCGAUAAAGAACGCAAAUGUUCAUGGACCUACUAUUUUUUACUCACUUAAUUUUCAUAUUUACGUUUGUUGUUCAGAUAUGCACCUGUUUAUGUAUUUUUUAUGGGGGGG